AUGGACUUGGGUCAGAAAAGGUUAAGCAGUCUUCGACGAUGGAAAUAUGUAUGCUUCGAUGAAACUCUUCUGGUGAAGAUCGACAAACGAAUACCUACUACAAUUGCAAAUAAGAGGAAAUUGGACGACUGUAAAGAUGUCUUUGAAGAUAUAAGAUAUUAUAGUUUGACUGAUGAAGAACAUUUCGAUGAUAAUGAAGUGGCUAUAAACGAUGUCGUGGAUGUUCCACUCGAUGUUUGUGGAACAUUUGAAAUUUUAACGUCUUGUUCUGAUGGGGAUAAUUCUUCAAAACCAAAUCCUUUUAAAAAACGUAAAGAGACACUCCCAAAAUGGAAAUCAAAAAUGCAUCCCACCUAUACUGAUAUACCCAUAAACGAAGAACAAAAAUGUGUUAUUCAAUUAGUUGAAAAAUAUGGAGGGACGAAUGUGUUGCAAUGUUUUUUAUUAUUUUUUGAUGAUACUGUGAUUGAUCUUAUAAUAGACAAUUCAAAUAAAUAUGCUACCUACUGUAAUAGGCAUAAUUUUUCUUUAAAAAAGACGGAUCUAUUAAAAUUUAUUGGUAUUAUGAUCUUAACUAGUUACCAUAGUUUACCUAAAAUCGACAACUAUUGGUCAAAAGAUGAAGACAAAGAAGUACUUUUAGUAAGGAAAACAAUGUCGAGGAAUAAAUUUAAAACUAUAAAACAAAAUUUACAUUUAUCUGACAAUAAAAACCUUGAUUUGACAGAUAAAUUUGCUAAGUUACGACCCUUUUUCAAUAAAUUGAACGAAAAGUUUUCUCAGUUCGGAAUUUUUUCUCAUAACCUCUCAAUAGACGAAGAAAUGGUGCCAUAUUUCGGACGACAUUCUUGUAAAAUGUUCAUAAAAGGGAAGCCUGUCAGAUUUGGUUUCAAGUUGUGGUGCUUGACUUCUGAGAAUGGCUAUUUGUACAAAUUUUUACCAUAUGGUGGUGCUAGCACGAAAAGGGCGGAAGGUUUACCUCUUGGUUCAGAGGUUGUUCUUAGUUUAUUAGAAAUAGUUGAUAAACCACAAUAUCAUAAAAUAUUUUUCGAUAACUUCUUCACAAGUUAUAAAUUACUAUCCAUGUUGAAAGAAAAACAUUUUUUUGCGACUGGAACAGUUCGGGAUAAUCGAACAGGAAAUUGUAAUUUGAAAUCAUUGAAACUAAUGGCUAAAGAACCAAAAGGCACUUUUGAUUUCACUUUUGAUAGUGAAAAUGAAAUAGGUGCGGUUCGUUGGUACGACAACGCUGUUGUUACAAUUAUGUCUAACGUAGAUACCAUUGAGCCCUUACAUGCUGCUAAACGUUAUGAUAGAAAACAGAAAAAGCAAACAAGUGUACAACAGCCAAAUAUGAUUUAUAAUUAUAAUAAAAAUAUGGGUGGUGUAGACCUCCAUGAUAAUGGUAUUGCAAACUAUCGAAUAAAAAUACGUGGCAAAAAAUGGUGGUGGCCAUUAUUUAGCAAUGCAGUGGAUAGUACUAUCGUCAAUGCGUGGAAGUUUUACAACAUGGUAAAUAAAGAAAAAGUUCCACAACUUGACUUUAGAUCAGAAUUAGUUCUUUGUCUAUUAAAAGUUGAAACGAGCCAAAAAGAUAAUGAUGACAAUGAGUCUCAACAUUCAACAACUAGCAACAUUAGUUUAGGUCAACCUUCACAAAACAGCCUCCCAGAUGCCAUUAGGAAAGACUGUAUUGACCACAUUAUUAUAAAAGAUACGGUCAGAAGAAGAUGUCGCCAAUGCUCGUCUCAAACAAUUUAUUCAUGCAAAAAAUGUACUGUGUCUCUUCAUCCACACUGCUUUGCAAUGUUUCAUGAUAAAUAA